UCUUUCUGUCUGUCUUUCUGUCUGGUUUGAGAACAUCUCUGAACAUCUAGCUCUAGCUAGCACGUGUGGUGGGAGUGCGUCGGUGGUGAAGACCCAGGUCCGGUCCUUUGACCUAAGUUUCUGAGAAGCGCCGGUAAAGCCUUUCACUUUAAGAACUGCCUUAAUACGAUAGCUGCUUGUUUCAUACCCCACUACAGCGCUUCUUCACCCUCAAAUGGCAGAGGCAGGAGACGUCGGUGGAGACAUGGGCGCCAGAAGGCGAAUAGCUGCCAGCCUGGUCAUGCAUAGCCCCCCAGACCACCAUCCUCCUCACCACCAGCAGCCCAAGCAGUACACCAGGGGCCGUGGUGCGGUGACCAUGAGCCGUCAGGACAUGCCGCAGAAGCCACGUCCUGCCAGCGAGUUCAUCCCCGACUACAAGUCCUACAAUCUCACCGGCGCCAGGCCCCGAAUCCGAACCCCGGACCUGGAGCUCAUUGAAGCAGAGCUACCACUGGUUCUGCUGGAGGCCACGUCCGGAAGCGCCACAGGGUCGGGUUUCUCAGACACGGGCAGCGUCAGGAGCCAGGUGGUGUCGCCUGGCGGUGGUGGUGGUGCACCCCCGGGCCGGGUGGUGCCUCUGGCGGGCAGCCCCUCCAAGCGCAGCUCCUCUCCACCAGUCCUGGUGUCUGGCUGCCCCCCCAAGAGCGGCCGCCCCAUCUGGCUAGAAGUGGAGGACAAAAUCGGCAAUGAGGAGUUGGAGGGCGAAGAUGGCUUCAGCGACGACUCGGGGGAUAACUGCUCCAUCCCGUCGAUCCCGCCCGUGGAUAAGGCACGCAGGCAUCCGCAGCAGGAGGAGGAGGAUGAGGAUGAGGAGGAGGGCAUUGAUGGGGCCAAGCAGCGGCAGGACACCACCUCCUCUACCCCCGCCAACAGAAGAAAAACGAGUAUCGACGCAGUGAAUGUGGCUGACUGGCAUAAGAACCGAGUGGCAGCAGUGAGUAGCGUGUGCCUCCAGGAGAUCCUGAAGAAGUACCCGGAGUUCAGAAGCACCAAGAGCAGCGUGGCCGCCUUCGUCCUGGAGAGAGUAUCUCUCACAAAUGCGAGCUCCAGCCGAGGCCGGUGCAGUGAGCUGUAUGAGGUGGUGGCGAUCGGCACGGGGCAGAGCAGCUGCUCGGCGUGGCUCUCCUACUCAGGCAGAGUGGUGCACGACUGCCACGCCACCGUCAUCGCACGCAGAGCCCUCAAAAGGUAUUUAUACAAGCAGCUCCUGCUGUUCUUCAGCCCUCAGCAACAAUACUCCAUAUUUGAGAGGGCCACGGUAGGCGAGCUCCUUCAGUUGAAGCCCAAGAUCUACCUGCACCUGUACACCAACCAGACCCCGAAGGGAGCUGCACAGUGCCCCUUGGCGAAGCUGAAGAGUGGCAACUACGAGUCUCUGAAGCUAAACUGCUAUGCCAAGGGCUCCCUGCUGGCGGCCUCGGAGGUGCCCAUCAGCGUGUGGGCGUCGCACAUCACCAGCAUGGCCGACAGCGACAAGCUGACCCGCUGGACCGUCACCGGGGUGCAGGGGGCGCUGAUGAGCCACUUCAUCCAGCCGCUCUACAUCACCAGCGUCACCCUGGCGGGGCCGUCCAGCAGCUACUACGAGCAUGUGUCGGACACCAUCAACAAGCGGCUGGGCGAGGGCUGGCAGGGCUCUCUGCGCGCCCCCUACAAGGCCUCGGCCAUCUUCUUCCUGCCCGGAGACAACAUCGGGCCCCUGCUCCCCUCUGACCGCUGCAGGGACCUCAGCCUCAACUGGUGCCGGGGAGACGAGACCAUCGAAGUGCUGGACGCCACCGCGGGCUACACCGUGGACUUCUCUCCGUUUGUGAGUGGACCGGAUAUGACGAGUCGUCUGUGCAAGAAGGCGAUGUAUUUCGGCUUCCGCAAGGUGGCCUCGCUCUGUGGCCGGAUGGAACUGCUCUCAUUCGAUACCUACAGCAGCGCCAAGAUGGCCGCCAAGCUGUACCAGGAGGCCAAAGCCACUGUCAACGAGUGCUUCAGGACCAAUGACGCCGGACCGUGGAACUCCAAACAGCGGGUGGACUGCUUCAAGCGCUGAACUGCUCCUUCCUCUGGCGAUAUUGCGAAACACAGGGUGACAAUGCGGCCGUACAAUUUAUUCGCCUCUGAUUGGCCAGAAUGGCACUCUUACAAUUUGCUAAGCCACCAGCCAAAGGUUGGAGAGCCAUUCUAGCCAUUCCAGCCAAUCAGAGACGAAUAUAGCUGGUGGUCGUAUUAUCACCCUGUGUUUUGCAUCAUCACCUCCCUCUGUCUGUCUGCUCUCUAUCUCCCGAACUCGCACCAUGUAACCCUGGUCCCAGGUGUAAGCUGUAAACUAUGCCUUUCUGUAAUAACUGGAUUAGGUCAUGGUUACAGGGUAGAGUGGGUCAUAGGAUUGUUUUGCAUUCAACGUUUUUACUUAGUUAGGCAGAAGGAGUUUUUUGUUUUUGUUUUCUUAGUUCUUGCUAACUCAAUAAUGUUAAAUAUUUUAAGUCAAGAUUGAGGUUCUUGCCACGGUUUUAUUUUGUUUUUAAAUUUUAAUUUAUUUUUUACUUGGAAUAAUUUCUUGUUAUCCUCGCAGCAGUAGCACACAGUGUGAUACCUUUCCUGCUGAAGACAGACUAGCUCACCACAUCUUUUAAGAUAGUUCAUUGCACACAUGCAUGCACACCCACGCACUUUUGGGAAGAGAGCAUAGUAUAUAGUGUAAAAAGCGUAAAAAGUUUCAUUUGUACACACUUGUGAAUUGUUUCAAUGAACAAAAAAUAAAUAUAAUGUCAAUUCAG